AAACGUCCCGCAGCAUGAACAAGCUCACCAUGGUCGCCUUCGGUUUAGCUCUUGCCCAGAAGCUGUUGUCUUCACUCACCACGGAUACGCCGGGAGCCGCUACCGCAGAUGAUGCGGCCGGCUUUGCCGAAAGCUUAACAUGGAGCUGCUUGUUGGCCCAGUCCUCCGAUGAAAGCGAGGCCCUCCUAUCGUGGCCCGCUCUCUCCGCGGGUGCUGCAAGCGCGGCAUGCCUCGGAGGGUUGAGCUGCGCUGCGGGAGGCAUGUUGGACGAGGCCACCUUGUUUCUGUUCGAGGUGGGGUUGAAGACCAUCAUCAAUUUAAUUAUACUCCGAAGCCCUAGUUUCCUCACACCGAGGUUUCAAGGACCAUUCUAACAACACAGGCAUGGGCGAGGAAAGCCGGAGUGCAGGGAAGGUCCGGAUCACAGAUGUUGGUGGCAAAAGAGGUACUAGGUAUGGUAACUCACACAAUUGACAGUGGUCCAUCUCUCCGUAGUAUGACGGUAGUUUGGCGAUGCAAAUGUCCCACCUGGCCUUUGAGAUAGGCUAUGUGUUGAAUGCUCGAUUUUUUGUCAUGUCCACGCGCGUGAUGAAGGCACGCUCAUGUAUGUCACGUGCGUUCAUGCUUACCAUGUCUUGGAUUUCGCAGAGUCGGUUCAACGUUUGUCGGGGUCUAUCUACGAAGAGUCGGUUAUUCUUGAUGGCACCCCCUCGGAUGCGCCGCGAUUGUUGUGCUUGGGUACUUCCGCGUCUUUCUUGGCGGAAACACCUGCCGUGGAGGUCAUUAUUUAUCGUCUUGUACUCUAUAGAAUCACGACGACCGGACGGACAGGGUGCCGUCGAGAUCAAGGUGCUUCUGUAGUCGACGUACGGGUAGACAGGUCAGGUGGUUCUAGUGUAGCGUCCGGUUGGGUUGUGGUCGUGAUCGUGGUGUACAGGCAGGCACCGAGGAUGAUGUAUGGUAUAUGUUUGUGGGAAUGGGAGUUUAUCGUGAUCGUGUCGGCCCAGGGGUUUUGAAUCCACUGGCGUCGUGUUUGUUUCUGUGUUGGUAAGAAUUGAUACUGGGAAAAAGUUGUUGUGUGUGCAUGUGUCGUGUUCGUUCUAUGUUGGGAGCACCCUUUUGUGCUGGGCGGGUGGUGGAAUAAACGAUACUGUUUUUAUGUCGAAGUGUAGGUUUGUCACCAACUCGAUGUCCCCGUUCGAUGCAAUCGGUAGUCUUGUUUUUUUUCUCCGCCACGUCCAUCGGUUCUAGCUGCUCCCACCUUCUCAGUGGGAUUGGCCGAGAGAGGUAUGUGGGGGGGAUUGUA